AUGGAUAAUGAUAGAGGGCGUUCGGGGUCUAUUAAUUGUCCACCCUAUUUUAAUGGGGAAGACUAUGCUCAGUGGAAAACCAUGAGGAUGAGCACAUCUGGAAUAUUGUUGAAACCGGAACUCAAGCCAAGGGGUGAGUGGUCAGCAAGUGAGGUGUGUGAUUAUAACAAUGAUGUUAAAGCACGACAUAGCUUGUAUACAGCUCUUUCUAAGAAAGAAGGGAAGCAUAUUGGGACUUGCAAGACUGCAAAGAAGGCUUGGGAUCUUCUCCAAAUGACAUAUGAGGGUAAUAAGAGAGUUAGAGCUCAAAAACUAACUCUUGAAUUUGAAAACAUGUUCAUGAGAGAGGAUGAAUCAAUUGAUGACUUCCACUCUAGGCUAAUAAAUGUGACAAAUGAAUGUGAGAGCCUUGGUGAUCCUAUUGAUGAACAUAGAAUUGUGAAAAAGUUUCUUAGAUCCCUGCCAGCAAGUGUUUUGUCCAAACAAACUGCCAUUGAAGAAGUUCAAGACUUAGAAACUUAUUCCUUAGAUGAACUGCUUGGAAAUCUUCAAACCUUUGAAAUGAAGAUUAAGCUAGUUAAAAAGAAAAAGGAAAAUGACUUAGAGUUUACUUCUAAGGACUUUGCUCUUCUUUCUAAACAUUACAAAAAGUUUCUUAGGGCUGGAAAUUCCUUUCAAGAAGUCAAGAACUCAUUAGGAUCAAGUUCUAGAAAAAAUUCUUUUAGUAGAAAUCCUAAAUGUUUUGAGUGUCAUGGUUUUGGGCAUCUUGCUAUUGAUUGUGGGAAUAGGAAGUAUAAAGCUCGCACAAGUAAAGCCAUGAAAUCUACUUGGAGUGAUUCUGAGAAUGACGAACAAAACUUUGCCUUGACUGCUACUCUUCAUUCUACUUCCUCAAGUGAUUCUGACGAUGAUGAGCAUAAGGAUGAACAGAUGGCAGAUAAGUAUGAGGCAAUAAGCAUGGCUUCAUCUAAAAUGAUCAAAAUUAAUGAAGAACUGAACAAAAAAUUGAUUCUAGCUGAAAAAGAAAAGAAUGGGAUUGCUGAGAGUCGCAAUCCCAUACAUAAAAUUGGGAGAUUGAGAAAGCUGCUUAUAUAUGUUGACCGUCUCAAGACUUUACAAGAAAACUUAGAUGCUCAAGUUAGUCUUGUGAACUCUCUGUCCUCUGAAAAAUUGAGUUUAGAGCAUUCCUUGAAAGAGUCACAAGAGAGGUUCUCAAAAUUUUCUAUAGGUUCUGAGAAAGUUUCAAAAAUGAUUGGGAUUGGAAAAACUGAAGGGGACAAAAAAGGGUUGGGAUACUCCUCUUGCAUAGCUUCCAAAGAGUCCAAGUCCAUUAAGUUUGUGAAGGAAACCAUGGUUCCUAAAAUUGGAAACUCUUCAAACUAG